AUGGGAAACUGGGCCUGUAGCUGCUCAAGGGGGUUUUGGGGAGAGGUGGAGGAGGCGAUUUUCGGGGUACGUAGACAGGCAAACCAGGAGCGCAAGCCACUGGGACGGGAGUGCAGCACCCUCGAGGAGGGCUCCUCGACCCCCCGAGAGACCGACGCUUCAAAGAGCAGCGAGGCACACUACGUUGGAGGCGGCCGCGUGAGACGCCAAGUGGCGUUUGAUAAUGGCGCGGUGUACACUGGGGAGUGGCUGGGUGACGCUAGAGACGGCUACGGGGUGCAGGUCUGGGAUGACGGCGCUCGAUAUGAAGGCCAGUGGGCAAACGAUAAAGCGCAGGGAAAGGGGAAGUUUGUUCAUGUCGAUGGAGACGUUUACUUCGGAGAUUGGGUGGAAGACAGGGCCCACGGCCACGGCGUAUACCACCAUGCAGACGGCUCAAGGUAUGAGGGGCAGUGGCUCGAUGAUAAACAGCACGGGCAAGGCAUGGAGCAGUGGCCAGACGGCGCGAAGUACGAGGGUCAGUACCAGGCCGGCAAGAAGUGUGGGAAGGGCAUCUUUACCUGGGCCGAUGGGAGCGUCUACGAGGGGGAGUUCAGCAACAACGACAUCCAUGGAUUUGGAGUGUAUCGGUGGGCAGACGGACGGAAGUAUGAGGGGCAGUGGGAAAGGAAUCGCAUGCAUGGUCAAGGCCGCUUCCAAUGGGCUGAUGGUCGAGUGUACGAGGGUCAAUACCACCAAGAUCAAAAGCAUGGAAAGGGCACUUUCUUUUGGCCUGAUGGCCGGCGGUACGUGGGGAGUUGGCAGAACGGGAAGCAGCAUGGCUGUGGAGUGUACAUCACCGCCUCCGAUGAGCAGCGAGUGGGGGAGUGGGAGGAGGGUCGGCGGGUGCGCUGGAUCAAGGAGGAUGCCCACAGCGCCCAGGCGGCUAACGAGGUCACCCUAUCUCCUGGCAGACAAAGAAAACUGGCGCGCAUAGCUGGACCCAACGGCUGUUCGUGGGGUAUCCCUAGAGGGAAGCCCAAGCCAAACGACGCGGGCGAGAGUAGCGGGUGGGAGGUUGACACAGAGAGGGCGCGGAAUCCAACUAUAAAAGAGUACAAUGCGUGUGUUCAAGUGGGGUCUGUGGACACCCCAGUGCCUCCCUGCAGGCCCCCCAUGGUUGCACGUAAACCAGGUGUCAUGAGCAGCCUGUAG